ACGAAAUUCCUGAAACGUCCUAUUCUUCCGUGCGCGAGCGAGCAACCCUUCUCACUAAAAAAGUCACGGUUUUUGCUUCUUCACAUUGCUCACUCUCACUCACUAAAUAUAUAUACACUCUCUUACACUCCAAUUUUUUCUGUCUAUGAAUUUCUUUCUUUUCUGCGUCUUUUCCUUCUUUCAGCACAACAAUGACUCUCAUGACUCCUCCUCCAAUGGAUCAGCAACAGCAGCAGCAGGAGCACGAUGAGAUGCUGGUUCCUCGCUCUGACCUGCCUGAAGGUCCUCAACCUAUGGAAGCCCAAGCAGAAAUCCCAAGUACAGUGGAUGCUCCAACAGUGGAUGCUCCAACAGUGGAUGAUACACCAACUGCAAAAUUCACUUGGACCAUUGACAAUUUUUCUAGUAUUUCCCAAAAACUAUUUUCUGACAUUUUCUGUGUAGGGGGCUAUAAGUGGCGGAUACUUAUAUUUCCAAAGGGAAAUGGUGCUGGCCAUCUGUCAAUGUAUAUAGAUGUUGCAGAUUCAGCUACAUUGCCCUAUGGUUGGAGUAGAUAUGCCCACUUCAACUUGACUGUUGUUAAUCAAAUUCAUAGUAAAUAUUCAAUAAGAAAAGAUUCACAACAUCAGUUCAAUGCACGUGAGAGCGACUGGGGUUUCAUUAAUUUCAUGCCACUUGCUGAAUUGUAUGAUCCUGCUAGAGGUUAUCUUGUGAAUGAUACAUGCAUAGUUGAAGCUGACAUUUCUGUGCGUAAAGAUAUGGAUUGGUCAUAUGAUUCAAAAAAGGAAACUGGUUAUGUUGGACUGAAAAAUCAAGGAGCUACAUGUUAUAUGAAUUCUCUGCUUCAAACAUUGUACCACAUUUCUUAUUUCCGAAAGGCUGUGUACCAUAUGCCCACGACUGAAAAUGAUAUGCCAUCAGUGAGCAUCCCUCUGGCAUUACAAAGUUUGUUUUACAAAUUGCAGUAUAGUGACACUAGUGUGGCAACGAAAGAGUUAACAACGUCUUUUGGAUGGGAUACAUAUGAUUCGUUCAUGCAGCAUGAUGUCCAAGAGCUUAAUAGGGUUCUUUGUGAAAAGCUAGAAGGCAAAAUGAAGGGAACUGUUGUGGAAGGCACUAUACAGCAAUUGUUUGAAGGACACCAUAUGAACUAUAUUGAAUGCAUAAAUGUGGAUUAUAAAUCAACAAGGAAAGAAUCAUUUUAUGAUCUUCAGCUUGAUGUCAAAGGCUGUAAGGACGUAUAUGCUUCUUUUGAUAAGUAUGUGGAAGUGGAACAACUUGAGGGUGAUAACAAGUAUCAUGCUGAGCACUAUGGUUUACAGGAUGCUAGGAAGGGUAUGUUGUUCAUUGAUUUCCCACCUGUUCUUCAGCUUCAGUUAAAACGGUUUGAGUACGAUUGUACGCGAGACACUAUGGUAAAGAUCAAUGACCGCUAUGAGUUCCCCUUGCAACUAGAUCUUGAUAUGGAUAAUGGGAAAUAUCUAUCUCCUGACGCAGACAGAAGUAUUCGCAAUUUUUAUACACUUCACAGUGUUUUGGUUCACAGUAGUGGGGUGCAUGGCGGACACUACUAUGCUUACAUUAGGCCAACACUAUCAAAUCAGUGGUUUAAAUUUGACGAUGAGCGAGUAACAAAAGAAGAAUCCAAGAGGGCUUUGGAAGAACAGUAUGGUGGUGAAGAAGAGUUACCUUGUAUAAAUCCUGGCUUCGACCACUCUCCUUUUAGAUUUACAAAACACUCGAAUGCAUAUAUGCUUGUCUAUGUACGUGAGAGUGACAAGGAUAAAAUAAUUUGUAAUGUGGACGAGAAGGACAUUGCUGAACACCUUAGAAUGAGAUUAAAGAAAGAACAAGACGAAAAAGAGCUGAAGAGGAAGGAGAAGGCUGAGGCUCACUUGUACACCACCAUAAAGGUUGCUUGUGAUGAAGAUCUACGUGAACAGAUUGGAAAUAAUAUACACUUUGAUCUUGUGGAUUAUGAUAAAGUACGAAGUUUUCGUGUUCAAAUACACAUGCCUUUUAUGGUUUUCAAGGAAGAAGUUGCCAAAGAGUUCGGCAUACCCAUCCAGUAUCAACGUUUUUGGUUGUGGGCAAAGCGCCAAAACAACACAUAUAGGCCAAAUAGAACACUGACACCUCAGGAAGAAGCACAAUCAGUUGGACUGCUAAGAGAAGUUUCCACUAAAGCAAAUAAUGCAGCGCUGAAGUUAUUUUUGGAACUAGAAAUGGGGCAGGAUUUGCGGCCUAUUCCUCCUCCAGAGAAGUCAAAAGAGAAUCUCUUGCUUUUCCUUAAACUUUAUGAACCUUCAAAUGAGAAGCUUCGGUAUGUUGGGCGACUUUUUGUGAAUAGUAGUGGGAAGCCAGAAGAUAUACUGGUAAAACUAAAUGAAAUGGCCGGAUAUGAUCCUGAUCAAGAUAUAGACAUGUUUGAGGAGAUCAAGUUUGUGCCUAAUGUCAUGUGUGAACGGGUUGACAAGAAAUCCACAUUCCGUGAGAGUCAGCUUGAGGAUGGUGAUAUUAUUUGCUUCCAAAAGUCCUCCCCCCAAACUGGAAGCGGAGAGCGAUAUCGCUAUCCAGAUGUUCCUUCUUUCUUGGAAUAUGUGCAUAACCGUUUGGUUGUUCGCUUUAGGACUUUGGAGAAACCAAAGGAGGAUGAAUUUAGUCUUGAGCUGUCAAAGCUUGACUCCUAUGACAAUGUUGUUGAAGAAGUUGCUCAACAUAUUGGUUUGCAUGAUCCUUCUAAAAUUAGACUCACAUCUCAUAACUGCUACUCCCAGCAACCUAAAGCACAGUCUAUCAAGUUCCGAGGAAUGGAACAUUUGACAGACAUGCUAAUUCACUCUAAUCAGACUUCUGAUAUUCUAUACUAUGAAGUAUUGGAUAUCCCUCUGCCAGAAUUGCAAUGCCUAAAAACUCUUAAAAUUACUUUCCAUCAUGCUACCAAGGAUGAAGUUGUGAUUCAUACUAUUAGAUUACCGAGACAUAGUACUGUGUCAGAUGUAAUUAAUGAUCUUAAAUCAAAGGUAGAUCUAUCACAUCCUGAUGCAGAACUUAGAUUGCUUGAAGUUUUCUAUCACAAGAUUUAUAAGAUUUUCCGUGUCAAUGAAAAGAUUGAGAACAUUAAUGAUCAAUAUUGUGCACUUCGAGCAGAGGAGAUUCCUGAAGAAGAGAAAAACCUUGGCUCGCAUGAUCGGUUGAUCCAUGUUUAUCAUUUCUUGAAAGACACAACUCAAAAUCAGCAAGUUCAGAAUUUUGGACAUCCUUUUUUAUUGGUUAUCCGUGAGGGUGAGACAUUGGCUGAAGUCAAAUUGCGAAUACAGAAAAAGUUGCAAGUUCCAGAUGAGGAGUUUUCAAAGUGGAAGUUUGCAUUUUUGUCGUUUGGUCGUCCUGAGUACCUUCAAGAUUCAGAUAUUGUAUCCACUCGGUUUCAGAGAAGGGAUAUCUAUGGUGCAUGGGAGCAAUAUCUCGGACUGGAACACAUCGACAGUGCUUCAAAAAGGUCGAACACAGCCAAUCAGAAUCGUCACGAGAAGGCUGUAAAAAUCUAUGAUUAGAAAAUCAUUUCAUCUUGACCAGUCGUCAAUUUAAUAGUACCAUAUGCAGCUGCACUUGAAGCGUUCUGAAGGUAACAACGAGAGUGGUGAAGCUACCAAUCUUCUAAAGGGUAGUCUGUUGAAAACCAUAAUUUUUUUAGCUGAGGUGGUGGGGGUGGUGUAUAGCCUUCAAUAGUGAUUUAAACUCGUCUUUUGAGCAAACAAAUCUUUUGAUGGUUAGGAGAUUGAAUUUGAAAUUCCCAUUUUGGGGUUGGGUUUUGUAUAGAAGAUAUAGAAAUGUAGGUAUACUUAACUCUUUUCUAUGGCCCACUUCACCAUUGUGGGAUUUUUAUUUGCUUCAGUUGGUGAAGCUUUUUCCAUAGGAUGGGGAAGUGUGUAAUGCUUCUACAGGUUCUAACAUGUAAAUUUCCCUUGCGCCUUUCUUAAUCAUAGUUUUUGUUACCGUAAAGGAAAACAUUAUUUUUCCUUAUGUGUAUCAUCGUCGAAUUACCUUUGAUCA